ACCGCCCCAAACGAUGCCUUCUGCUAUCGAUGACAGACUCGUUUUUUUUCUCAACAAUACAGAGCAAAUUGGUUGAUUUUUGUCGAAUUAAGUGAAUAAAACGCACGACAGGAUGGAGAUGCUACCCAACCAAACGAUUUACAUCAACAAUCUGAACGAGAAGAUCAAGAAGGAGGAGCUAAAGAAGUCGCUCUAUGCGAUUUUCUCGCAAUUCGGCCAAAUUCUGGACAUUGUGGCCCUAAAAACGCUCAAAAUGCGCGGCCAGGCAUUUGUGAUCUUCAAGGAGAUCGGCAGCGCUUCGAAUGCCCUGCGCACCAUGCAGGGCUUCCCGUUCUACGACAAGCCCAUGCAGAUCGCCUACUCCAAAUCCGAUUCGGAUAUUGUGGCCAAGAUAAAGGGUACCUUCAAGGAGCGCCCCAAGAAGGUCAAGCCACCAAAACCAGCGCCGGGUACCGAUGAGAAGAAGGACAAGAAGAAGAAGCCGAGCAGCGCCGAGAACUCGAACCCGAACGCACAGACCGAGCAGCCGCCGAACCAGAUCCUCUUCCUCACCAAUCUGCCCGAGGAGACCAACGAGAUGAUGCUGUCCAUGCUGUUCAAUCAGUUCCCCGGCUUCAAGGAGGUGCGUCUUGUGCCGAAUCGUCACGACAUCGCCUUUGUGGAGUUCACCACCGAGUUGCAGAGCAAUGCCGCCAAGGAGGCGCUGCAGGGCUUCAAGAUUACGCCGACGCACGCCAUGAAGAUAACGUUCGCCAAGAAGUGAACGCAACUCCAGUCGCCGGGCGUUCCAGCAACUCCAAUAAUAAUUUAAACUAUAGAAUAAAUCGAUAUAAAC